GGACGACGUAUGCUGCUGCUUUGCCAUAGUGUAUGUGGUUGAAAAGAUUAUAACUGUAAUCUGCUAAGUGCAACAAAUAAAUAACUUAUUCAAUUGUUGCAACGUCCGAUAAUAAAACUAUAACUGACUUAACUCAUAUAGCGCUAUAUCAAGUUACUUAGAUUGUCUUCUAUCGCUGAAUUGAUUUUACGACAAUGUAGCUUUUUAAAUACAAACAGUAUAUUUAGACGAAAAAGUCAUUGUGAGCCAAAUUAGAUUGUAAAAAACGCGAUAUUUUAGUUCCAUAACUUGAAAAACGGUUUUUAUCAAAAAAAGAAACGAAAAGAAAAAAUCUUAUUGAGAAAUACAUAUAUUGCUGCUGUGAGAGUGAGCGAGUGAGAAAGAUACAUACAUAUGUAUGUAUGUAUGCAUUUGCAUUUCGUUGUGUAGUGUCGUCGACUGGCUGCUCGGUAAAAGUCGGUCUUUCUUUUCCACUACCACUUUGCGUUUGAAAAUUCGAAAGAAAAAGAAAAAGAAAAAAAAUUAAGUAAUAAUGUGUGUUAUAUGAAUGAAAUAAGGCAUAUGGCAAUGGAACGCGUCUAACUUUCAAAACUCUCAUGCCAAUAUAUUGCAAAUCUAUGACCUAAUAUUGUUUAUUCAGGAAUUAUUUUUAUUGAUGAAAAGCGGCUGCGGAGUUAUUAGGAAGUAAAUUAAAAUUUAAGAUAUUAAGGAAACAAGAACGGCAAGUACUUUGACAGGAGGCGCAGGAGUUGGAAGCGAUCCACUGGAGGAAUAGAGAUUAGUUGGCCUCUGUUCUAUUGCAGAAUAUUGCGUCAAAUAGUAAUAGAGAGAAAUAGAGAGAGGGACCGAGAGAGAGAGAGAGAGAGAGAGAGAUAAAUAUAGAGAAGAGAUUUGGCUAGAAAUAUGUCUACAGCAAUGCGAACAACUUUGCAAACAGUUCCUGAAGCCCUGCCUGCAGAGAAUGUCUCAAAUGGGACGGCGACUGCGACGGCUGCAACGCCAACGUCGACGUCGACGGCAUCAAAUGCCACAACGACAGCCGCUGCUAGCACAACAACGUAUACAACAAACACAAUCAGUAGCUCCGCGCAUUCUGUAAAGGAUCAGCAGCAGCAGCAGCAUGACUCAGCCAAUGCCAACAUUGUCUCACUGCCACAACCACCAACACCAGCAACACCAGCCGCAACAGCAACAUCAACAACAACAACAGCAGCAGCAACCACAGCGGCAGCGGCGGCGGCGGCGUCAGCAACAACAGCUGGAAAUACGACAAUGUUGCCAAUCUCGUCCUCGAAUUCAGCCAGCAGUAGCAAUAAUACAACCACAAGCACACCUGUGGCAGCAGCAGCAGCAACAGUAACAAAUGCCGCACCACCAACGACAGCAAACACAAACCACGCGUCGCACCACCAGCACAGCCAUCAGCAUCAUCAUCAUGUCGCCAACAAUAUGGCCACAGACGGUGGACGACUAUCGAGCAAUAAUGCCAGCACAGUCAACAGUGGUCCACCACCACCAUCAUCAUCAGCGAUCAAUCACCAUCAUCAUCAUCCACCGGGCGGUGGUGUCGGCGGCGUUGGGGGCGGCGUGGGUGGUGUUGGCGCCAGUUCCGUCAACAAGAACGUUCUCAGCACACACUCGGCCCAUGCAUCUGCCAUCAAACAGCGAACAUCAUCAGCUAAGGGAUCCCCGAAUCUGCAGAUGCGAAGCAGCGCUCCUAUGCGAUGGCGUGCCACUGAGGAGCAUAUCGGAAAAUAUAAGCUCAUCAAGACGAUCGGAAAGGGAAACUUUGCCAAAGUGAAACUAGCAAAGCAUCUGCCCACUGGCAAGGAAGUAGCAAUAAAAAUAAUUGACAAAACCCAAUUAAAUCCUGGGUCACUUCAGAAACUCUUUAGAGAGGUUAGGAUAAUGAAAAUGCUUGAUCACCCCAACAUAGUGAAACUCUUUCAAGUUAUCGAAACGGAAAAGACGUUGUAUCUCAUCAUGGAGUACGCAUCAGGUGGUGAGGUCUUUGACUAUUUGGUACUACAUGGGCGUAUGAAAGAGAAGGAAGCGCGUGUUAAGUUUCGUCAAAUUGUAUCGGCUGUGCAAUACUGUCAUCAGAAGAGAAUAAUACACAGGGACUUAAAAGCUGAGAACUUAUUAUUAGACAGCGAGUUGAAUAUAAAAAUAGCAGAUUUUGGAUUUUCGAACGAGUUCACGCCCGGCUCAAAGUUGGAUACAUUUUGCGGCAGCCCACCCUAUGCAGCGCCCGAGCUCUUCCAGGGUAAAAAAUAUGAUGGACCUGAGGUGGAUGUUUGGUCGUUGGGCGUUAUAUUGUAUACGUUAGUGAGCGGAUCCCUGCCUUUCGACGGUUCCACUUUGAGGGAGCUACGCGAACGUGUACUCAGAGGCAAAUAUAGAAUUCCAUUCUAUAUGUCAACUGAUUGCGAAAAUUUGCUGCGCAAGUUUCUAGUACUAAAUCCUGCUAAACGUGCUAGUCUUGAAACAAUCAUGGGCGACAAGUGGAUGAAUAUGGGGUUUGAAGACGAUGAGCUCAAGCCAUACAUAGAGCCAAAACAAGAUUUAGCCGAUCCCAAGCGGAUAGGUAAGACGGAAGCUCUAGUCGCAAUGGGCUACAAUCGACAAGAAAUCGAAGCGUCACUGGCUCAGGUGCGUUAUGAUGACGUAUUCGCCACGUAUUUGUUGCUGGGUCGCAAGAGCACUGAUCCUGAAAGUGACGGGUCACGAUCCGGAUCAUCGCUCUCGCUGCGCAACAUCUCUGGCACCGAGGCUGGGGCCAAUGCGGGCAAUGCGGUCGUGCAAAGUCCCACACAUCGUGGCGUACACAGAAGUAUAUCGGCGUCGAGUACCAAGCCAAGUCGUCGAGCUUCGUCCGGUGCGGAAACGUUACGUGUUGGACCCACAAAUGCCACAACAACCGUUACGGCUGCUGCAAUAGGCGUGGCGCCUGUCAACCCAAGCAAUAACUAUAAUGCUGUUGGAUCAGCCGCCGAUCGUGCAUCAGUUGGUAGCAAUUUUAAGCGUCAAAAUACUAUAGACUCAGCAACAAUUAAGGAGAAUACGGCACGUCUGGCCGCACAGAAUCAGAGGCCAGCGUCUGCCACACAGAAGAUGCUAACCACAACAGAUACAUCGCUGAACAGUCCAGCUAAGCCGCGUACAGCUGCGAAAUACGAUCCCACUAAUGGCAACCGCACAGUUAGCGGUACGAGUGGCAUCAUACCACGACGUUCGACCACACUCUAUGAAAAGACUUCAUCGACGGAGAAAACCAAUGUUAUUCCUGCAGAGACAAAUAGUGGAUCUGCAGCUACCGCUGGAAAGGGUCACACAAAAAGCGCCUCUAUUUCAAGCCCUAGGCCAUCCACUGAUGGAUGCAUAUCAGUAUCAAUUGACCCACUUGGAUCGAGACACUUUCCAAGGAAUGUUCCAUCACGUUCAACCUUUCACUCUGGUGAGUUUUUCUGUUUUAAUUAUUUUUAUUAGUUUUAGUAAAACUUAACUUAAUUUUACUCACAA